GCUCCUCCCCUCACACUUGACCUCACCAUUUUCAUUUUCAAUCAUUUUGGUUUGGGUUCAGACAAGACAUGGCAGAUCGGGCGCGUCUUUUCUGCAAGGAUGAGGUCCUCACUUACUCUUACCUUCUUCUCUACAUCGCUCUCUCCAGCGGUCAGAUCUUCUUCAACAAGUGGGUUUUGUCUUCCAAGGAAAUCAAUUUCCCUUACCCUCUGGGAUUAACUCUACUUCACAUGAUCUUCUCCUCCGUCUUAUGUUUUUUACUCACCAAAGUUUUCAAGAUUUUGAAGGUUGAGGAAGGAAUGACUACAGAAAUAUAUGUGACAUCAGUAAUGCCAAUUGGUGCAAUGUUUGCUAUGACUCUUUGGCUGGGAAAUACUGCCUACAUGUAUAUUUCUGUUGCAUUCGCGCAGAUGUUGAAAGCAAUCAUGCCAGUUGCUGUUUUUGUUCUUGGCGUAGCUGCAGGACUUGAGGUAAUGAGCUGCAGAAUGCUAUUGAUAAUGUCGGUGAUAAGUUUUGGCGUUUUGGUAGCUUCUUAUGGUGAAUUAAAUAUAAACUGGAUUGGAGUAGUUUAUCAAAUGGGAGGAGUUGUUGGAGAAGCCUUAAGACUUAUCUUUAUGGAGAUUUUUGUCAAAAGGAAGGGUCUCAAAUUAAAUCCAAUAUCUGUCAUGUUCUAUGUUAGCCCGUGCAGUGCUCUUUGCCUUUUCGUUCCGUGGAUAUUUUUAGAGAAGACCAAGAUGGAAGCAGAUGCAUCAUGGAACUUUCCAGUUGUUGUGCUAACACUUAACUCUCUGUGCACCUUUGCCCUCAACUUAUCAGUCUUCCUUGUGAUUACUCAUACAAGUGCUUUGACCAUUCGUGUUGCCGGAGUGGUCAAGGACUGGGUGGUUGUCUUAAUUUCAGCCCUUCUUUUCGCUGAUACGAAGCUAACUCUUAUAAAUCUAGCCGGUUAUGCCAUUGCCAUAGCAGGUGUAGCAGCAUACAAUAAUCACAAGUUAAAAAAAGAAGCCUCCAGAGUCAUCACUGAAGAAUCUGGAAGUUCUCAACCUCUACAGGCGGCCACAACAUCAGUUUCCAAGUAGGGAUGUAACAGGAGCAGUUGACCUAGUUAUCUCAAGCUGCUCCUGUGUUGGCAAAAUUUUGCAACAGUCUGAAGCCAAGAUUGCAAGUAUAAUGUGAAAUUAACAGAAAUGUAUCAAUGUUAACACAAUUGUAUCAUCAUCAUCAUCACAAAUGUAGCCAGUUACUGAGGGCAUUAGAAGUCUAAUGCGCUUCUAAUCAUAGAUUAUUUGUUUGUAAAGCAAGUGCCAAAGUCACUGUCAUAGGAAUACCCUGUUUAUAGAAUUUUGAAAAUUUUGUACUUCACACAUUAUCACUUCUGGAGUUCUGGGGCACAAAUGAGACUGCCUCUUUGCAAGGAUUUGUAGUUUAACCUGAACCUGGUUUUACCAAAUA